UGGCUUGCUGGGCUGUAACUGCUCUGGUGCACCUCUUCUCUCCACUUUGUCGCCCUUGUCUCCCCAAACGAGCUUCUGAUCGAGGGUUCCCUCUCUCUACCACCGCAGUAGUUCUCAUUAAAAUUAUUACGAAAAACUUCUGUGUCAAAAGGGGCAGCAGUUGGGAGGCGGUGUUGAAAGUCAGACGUGAAGGGGUGAAGGCUUCGCCUUGCCGAGGACGGGCAGGGUGAACUGGGGCGUGGGUUGCGGAUGAGAAGGAGACCUGAGAACGGCGAAGAGAUGCACAAUGCCUUCGGAUCUCAAGGUCGAGGCGGGAGCAGUACUGGUGGGGGCUAUUACUCUGCACCAACAGAUCGUAUCAGGGAGACGAACCACAACAUCAUGGAGAUGCAAAAUAACGCACACAUCGACGACCUCAGCGAUCAGGUGUCUCGACUCAAGCACCUAACAAUUGAUAUUGGACAGGAGGUGCGCAGUCAAAACGACUUAAUUAGCGGAAUGGAAGGACAAAUGUUCGAUGCUCGAGGUCUGCUCGGGGGCACUCUUCGUCGGAUCAACACCAUGAUGGCCCAGGGCGGUAGUCGACACAUGUGCUAUCUUGUGGCCUUUAUUGUGUUUACGUUCACGGCCAUAUGGUACAUCUUGAAACAUACCAGAGGUGGACGGUAGCAUGAUUCGUCUGGUGGAUGUUGUGCGUUGUUUUUGGCCUCAGGACUGCAGCUGCCUUUCUCGGCAAUCGUGGGCUCGAAAUUUCGAACACUUGAAAACGUCGUGACGUUGUUAACGUGGUGGUGUCUUGGAUACGAACUUUCCAGCUAGACGUUCCCUGUGGAUCUGUUCCAUGUGUUCCAGGUUGCUAUCUAGUAUUCACCAUGCCUGGUGCCCAGGUCAGUUGUCAGUUAGCAUGGUUUUCCCUGAUUUAUGCAUACGCAUCGAGAUGCACUUCUCGUUGGAGUCUACUGGUGUUUCUGCUGUGUUUCAUUCGUAGAUACGUGUGUUGUAAUGUUAGGCUCCCAGGGUAAUCAUUGUCGUACGUAGCAGGUGUCCUGGCAGGUUGUGAAGGCUGGCCUGUAUGGGACGCCUACUGCAAUCUAUGUACACUAUCGUAUACUCCAUCCAGUAAAAAUUUUCACGCUCCGCCAGAAUCACCUGAUAUUUCUAUCGAGGAAUGUACGACCAUCCUCCCUGAUGCCCACAACUGUCAGUGCGCGGCCAGAAGCUAGUUACGUCUGGGACGGAUGUUUGGUCCGGCAUUUUUUUUCGGGCAGAAAAUCGCAGUCAGUCAAAUUUCAUUUUCAGAAAGCUUCAAACGUCGAAUGUGGGGUUCACGGUUUUUGCACCGGUUUGUGACAGGUCCCGUGGGAUAGCAUACUCCGGAGUAUGACGCCCAGAGUUUCGGUUUUGUGGAUAUGUUGGAGGCGAUGGAUGUUUACCGACUAAAAACUGGUUCGAACAAUUUUGGAAAUGCCCGC